GGCCUGGGCGCGGGGCGGGCGGCGGCGGCGACGAGCCGGAGGAGAAAGAACAUGGCGGGCGCAGCGGGGCCCGGGACCGGCCCGGGGGCAGCGGGAGGAGAUGGAGACGAUUCGCUAUACCCGAUUGCGGUUUUAAUUGACGAGCUCCGCAACGAGGACGUGCAGCUCCGUCUCAACAGUAUUAAGAAAUUAUCAACAAUUGCUCUAGCGCUUGGAGUAGAAAGGACGCGAACAGAACUGCUCCCAUUCCUUACAGAUACAAUUUAUGAUGAGGAUGAGGUACUGUUAGCUCUUGCUGAGCAACUGGGAAAUUUCACUGGCCUGGUGGGAGGUCCUGACUUUGCCCACUGUUUGCUGCCUCCUUUGGAAAGUCUGGCAACUGUGGAAGAAACUGUGGUUCGAGACAAGGCUGUGGAGUCCCUGAGGCAGAUCUCCCAGGAGCAUACUCCUGUUGCUCUGGAAGCUCAUUUUGUACCUCUGGUGAAGCGCUUGGCGAGUGGGGAUUGGUUCACCUCUCGCACAUCUGCGUGUGGUUUGUUCAGCGUUUGCUAUCCCAGGGCUUCCAAUGCUGUCAAAGCAGAAAUUAGACAGCACUUCCGUUCCUUGUGCUCAGAUGAUACUCCAAUGGUACGACGUGCUGCCGCUUCCAAACUGGGCGAAUUUGCAAAAGUUUUGGAAUUAGACAGUGUGAAAAGUGAAAUUGUUCCACUGUUCACUAAUCUAGCUUCAGAUGAACAGGAUUCAGUGCGUCUCCUAGCUGUGGAAGCUUGUGUCAGCAUUGCCCAGUUACUGUCUCAGGAUGACCUCGAGGCUUUGGUGAUGCCUACGCUUCGGCAAGCAGCAGAAGAUAAAUCUUGGAGGGUUCGCUACAUGGUAGCUGACAAGUUUUCAGAGCUCCAGAAAGCUGUGGGUCCUAAAAUCACCCUAAAUGACCUCAUCCCCGCCUUUCAGAACCUACUUAAAGACUGUGAAGCUGAAGUCCGAGCAGCUGCUGCCCACAAAGUAAAAGAACUUUGUGAGAACUUGCCCACUGAAGGUAGAGAGACCAUAAUUAUGAAUCAAAUUCUGCCCUUUAUAAAGGAAUUAGUAUCUGAUACAAAUCAACAUGUCAAAUCGGCUCUAGCUUCUGUAAUUAUGGGAUUGUCUACCAUUUUGGGCAAGGAGAAUACCAUUGAACAUCUUCUACCUCUUUUUUUAGCUCAGUUAAAGGAUGAGUGUCCAGAAGUUCGUUUGAAUAUCAUCUCUAACUUGGACUGUGUAAAUGAAGUGAUUGGGAUCCGUCAGCUCUCUCAGUCUCUCCUUCCUGCCAUAGUGGAGCUGGCGGAAGAUGCCAAGUGGAGGGUCCGGCUGGCCAUCAUUGAAUAUAUGCCGCUGCUGGCAGGCCAGCUGGGUGUGGAGUUCUUUGACGAAAAGCUGAAUUCUUUAUGUAUGGCCUGGCUUGUGGACCAUGUGUAUGCCAUCCGUGAAGCUGCCACCAGCAACCUCAUGAAGCUCGUUCAGAAAUUUGGUAUAGAGUGGGCCCAGAAUACCAUCGUUCCCAAAGUGCUAGUAAUGGCAAAUGAUCCUAAUUACUUGCACAGAAUGACCACUUUAUUCUGCAUUAACGCGCUGUCUGAAGCCUGCGGUCAGGAAAUCACCACUAAGCAGAUGCUGCCCAUCGUACUGAAAAUGGCAGGAGACCAAGUAGCGAAUGUCCGUUUCAAUGUGGCCAAAUCUCUUCAGAAAAUUGGACCAAUUCUAGAUACUGAUGCUCUGCAGGAGGAAGUGAAGCCAGUGCUACAGAAGUUAGGUCAAGACGAGGACAUGGACGUCAAAUACUUCGCACAGGAAGCUAUAAGUGUGGUGGCCCAAAGGCUGACGAAGCUAGAUUUUCCUGUGAAGGACAAUGAGGAGCCCAGCGCUCCUGGGGCUGACAAGAACCACUUCCUGAGACCCAGAGGGCCUGGAGAGGACACCGGGAAGGCACACAGAGAGCGAGGGGCUCGGGUGGUUUCCGAGGAGACCGUAGAGGCAGCCCGGUUCAGGGGUACAGAUGCGGCCAAGGGACCAGCACAUCAGUUGCAUGUAAAUACUAGAGACACACUUGCCCAACUGGAAAUUGCAGAACUAGUGCAUUUUUCCCAAAGCAGAGACUAAUACCCCUGGAUUAAAAAAAGAACAUAAAAAAUAAAGUACCACACAUAUUGCA